AUGGAGCCCGAGUGUCUGGAGCCAUUGAACCUGGUGAUAAAGAAGGACGACAACACUGAGAGCGGACCUGCGACCAACGUGACGAUCGAGGAGGGCAGCAGCGAGGCAUCGAUCAACAGGAUCGACGAGGAGAAAUGCAACAACCCUGAUCCGGGCAAAACGAUCGAGGACAACAUGACGAUACUCCAGGACGCGAUGAAGGCCGGCGAGGAGGCGGGCUUACCCACAGCCGAUCACAAGAUUCUCACGGCACUCUACAUGAGCAGCCUGAUGCAGAUGUCGAACAUGAGCCUGCCGAGAAGCGUGACACCGCCUCCGUACGGUGCCCAGCACAACUUCAUGCAGCUGCUGGCCAUGGUCGAGGCUAGGCAUCGUAUGUGGCAACAGAUGAACUGGCCGCUGCCGCAGAACUUCCCCAGGAACCCGUUGACCUUGCCCGCCCAACCAUAUUUCGACGGGCCGACGACGAAUCUCACGGAACAACUGUGCAACUCCCAGAACUCCACGCCGACCUUUCCCCUAUCCUGCACGAAACCUGACCAACAACCCCUGAACCGCGACUCGAAGCAGUCUUACUUCAAACGAUAAAAAGAAACCCCAUAUAAAAAAGCCUUUGAACGCGUUCAUGCUGUACAUGAAGGAGAUGAGGGCGAAGGUCGUGGCGGAGUGUACCUUAAAAGAGAGCGCCGCGAUCAACCAAAUAUUGGGAAGACGACAACUGGUUCUUGAAACAUCUUGCUGUAUCGUUAAUAACAACAAGAGAAAAGCUUCAAAAAUGUGUUCGAACCCUGAUGUAAAAGAGAAGCACCAAAGUCAAGAUUUUCUUCCGUGUUCCUUUGAUCUUCUUCCACGGAUGAUCAUAGAUCACAAG